CGUGGGGGCCCCCCUCAUGGGAAGCCCUCCCCCCAACAGCCGCCCCCCCCCCCCCCGACUAAUGCAGUAGAGCUCUGGGCGUGGAGUUUUUGGGGAUGCUAUUCUUGUUUCCCUGGCCUCCCAGGGAGCUAUGGGGUCCUAGGGCACCCGGGGGCCGCGGGGAAGUCAAGGGGUCAUGCCAUUUCGUCUGAGUGCGCAGCGCUGGGCACCACCUGUUGCGGAGCGUGGCGGGGCGGGGUUGGGGGAACAAGGCUCACCUGUGCAAGGGCCAGGCCAAGGGCUAGUGCUCCUCGAGAAGCUGAACCCAGGUCCGGACACCCGCCCGCGCCUGGGGCUUCCGCCGGGUCAGCUGACUAUUUAUUGCGGAACUGCGCGCCGGGCUGUGCCGCUCGCUGCUGCCGCGCUCCGUGUUCUGUGCCUGCGCUCAGCGCCGCGCGUUUGCCCGGUCGCCAUGGCCGGGCUCGUGGUCAGUGGAACUCAAGUGUCCUACAUAGGCCAGGACUGCAGAGAAAUUCCAGAGCACCUCGGCAGGGACUGUGGACAUUUUGCAAAAAGGCUUGAUCUGAGUUUUAACCUUCUGAGGUCACUGGAAGGACUGAGCGCGUUCGGGAGCCUGGAGGAACUCAUCCUGGACAACAAUCUGCUCGGGAACGACCUCGUGUUGCCAGGGUUACCCAGGCUCCAUACCUUAACCCUCAACAAGAACCAGAUCACUGACUUGGAGAGUCUGCUUGAUCACCUGGCAGAAGUGACACCAGCUUUGGAGUACCUCAGCCUGCUGGGUAAUGUGGCAUGUCCCAAUGAGCUGAUUAGCUUGGAAAAAGAUGAGGAGGACUACAAAAGAUACAGAUGCUUUGUUCUGCACAAACUGCCCAAUUUGAAGUUUCUGGAUGCCCGGAAAGUAACCAGAAAAGAACGAGAGGAAGCUUUGGUCAGAGGGUCAUUCAUGAAGGUGGUGAAGCCCAAGGCUUCCAGUGACCAUGUCGAGGCCCCUCCAGAGCACCCCUAUACACCCCUGCCUUCUGCUUCCAGGGAUCUCACCAAUCACCGAGGUGUCCUGGGGAAGUGUCGCUAUGUUUACUAUGGGAAAAACUCAGAAGGCAACAGGUUUAUCCGAGAUGACCAGCUCUGAUGGACACCGAUCUGCCUUGAGUGCCCCUGCAAUAGAAGGCCAUCCCGGAGUCCUCUGUUGCCUCUGCAAAGUCAGGGCGGACUGUCUUUUUCCUAAGUAAUGCAAUUUUAUAGAACAAUUUGUUCCUUGGGGAAUAAUGUUUUAGAUUGUGGGGAAUCCUAUUAAAAGUACAACUAUUACAAUAAUUUGCUUUUACUUUUACCAGCCUUGCUCAUAAACCCUCCAUCUGUUUGUUGCUUUAAAUAGAGGCACAUUAUAAGAGAUUAUCACUCGAUCAGGCGACACGUCUGAGUGUUGUGCAUUUUCACAUAUUCAUGUAUACUAAGGAAUAAAAGAAAGCAAACCAGAGAUUCCAGA